CCUCUGGGCUUUGGUUUUUCCCGGAGCUGGGGCAGGGGCAGCUCCAACCCCUCCAAACUCCUGCUCUUCGCUGCCUUCUGGGCUCGCUGUUCCCUGUCUCAGGACGGGGAAGGCAGGGAAUUAGGGACAGGGGAAUUAAGGAUAGAGUUUGCUGGAGCCCCUUGCCCUGCCAGUUCCUGCUCCCGCCGCGGAUGAAAGCGUGAAGGCCGAGCUGACCAGCAGAAGGGACUCUUGAGCAGCUGCUAAGAUGGGCAUGAGGAUCAAGCUGCACAGCACCAACCACCCCAACAACCUGCUGAAGGAACUCAACAAGUGCCGGCUCUCCGAGACCAUGUGCGACGUCACCAUCCUGGUGGGCUCCCGCUCCUUCGCCGCGCACAAGGCCGUGCUGGCCUGUGCUGCUGGCUACUUCCAGAACCUCUUCCUCAACACGGGGCUGGACGCUGCCAGGACCUACGUGGUGGAUUUCAUCACGCCAGCCAACUUUGAGAAGAUCCUGAGCUUCGUGUACACCUCGGAGCUCUUCACCGACCUCAUCAACGUGGGGGUGAUCUACGAGGUGGCCGAGAGGCUGGGCAUGGAGGAUCUGCUGCAGGCUUGUCACUCCACCUUCCCCGACCUGGAGAGCUCGGCCAUCACCAAGCAGCCUGCCCUGUCUGUGGGGGAAGGCCGGGCUGGGCCGCUGAGCAGCACCUCCUCGGAGCAGAGCCACGCUUUGGGGGACGUGCGGAGCAGCGCAGAGCACUUCGGCCCCGAGCGGAAUUACCUCCUGCACGGGGACGUGGUGGGCAGCUACAAAGAGGAUGACAGGAGUGCCGUGGCUGAGGCCAGCCAGGCUCUUCCCCUGAUGCACCCACAGCAGACUCCCAAGACAGAGCAGGAGUCGGAUGCGGGGCAGUUUGCUCCAGUUGUGGGUCUGGGGGCCCAGCCCGGUGGGAAUGUUGUGGCACAGACCACAGGCAGCUCCUGCCCUCAGUACAAGGCCCAGAGCAAUGGUGACUACAGCAAGAGCAGCUUCUUCCCCACUGACCCCUCCCUGGAUGUGUCCACAGGGAGCAAUUCCUGCCCCAGCAACAGCGACCACUCCAAAGAGCAGGGGUUCGAGCAGAUGGAUGAGCUCCAGCUGGAGGAUUUGGGAGAGGCCGAGCUGCAUUUUGAGGAUGCUGGAGAAGAGCUGGUCCCAUCUGAGGAGGUGAUUGAGCUGAGUGAUGACAGCGAGGAGGAGCUGGCCUUCGAGAGCGACAGCCGGGACAGCAAGGCCAUGCCCUGCCAGGUGUGCAAGAAGGUGCUGGAGCCCAACAUCCAGCUGAUCCGCCAGCACGCCAGGGACCACGUCGACCUGCUCACAGGGAACUGCAAGGUGUGUGAGACCCACUUCCAGGACCGUAACUCCAGGGUGACUCACGUGCUGUCCCACAUCGGCAUCUUCCUCUUCUCCUGCGACAUGUGCGAGACCAAGUUCUUCACCCAGUGGCAGCUGACGCUGCACCGGCGGGACGGGGUCUUCGACAACAACGUCAUUGUCCACCCCAGCGACCCCCUGCCGGGGAAGGUGGCCGUGUUUGGGGGAGGGCCCGGCCCCGAGCUGGCUUGUGCUGCCUGCGGGAAGCCCUUGGCCAAAGAUUUCCACACGGUGCGGAACCACCUGCUGGAGCACGUGAACCUGAAGAGCCAGACGUGCGGCGUGUGCGACCAGCGGCACCUGAGCCUCUGCAGCCUGCUGUGGCACGCCCUGUCCCACCUGGGCAUCUCCGUUUUCUCCUGCUCCGUGUGUGCCAGCAGCUUCGUGGACCGGCAGCUCCUGGAGAAGCACCUGGCCGUGCACCAGCACGUGGAGGAGGCUCUUUUCCAGUGCCACUUCUGCAGCCAGAGCUUCAAGCUGGAAGCUGCUUACCGCUACCACGUCAGCCAGCACAAGUGCGGGGGCAGCCUGGACAUCCGGGCGGGAUUUGGGGAGCGCCUGCAGCCGCAGGGGCUGCCCAAGAGGAAGCUGCCCGAGGAGUUCCUGAGCGAAGAGCUGGCUCUGCAGAACCAGCCGGGGAACAGCAAGUACAGCUGCAAGGUGUGUGGCAAGAGGUUUGCCCACACCAGCGAGUUCAACUACCACCGGCGCAUCCACACCGGCGAGAAGCCGUACCAGUGCAAGGUGUGCCACAAGUUCUUCCGAGGGCGUUCCACCAUCAAGUGCCACCUGAGGACGCACUCGGGGGCCCUCAUGUAUCGCUGCACGGUGUGUGGCCACUACAGCUCCACGCUCAACCUGAUGAGCAAGCACAUAGGGGUGCACAAGGGCAGCCUCCCGCCGGACUUCACCAUCGAACAGACUUUCAUGUACAUCAUCCAUUCCAAAGAGGCUGAGAAAAACACGGAUAGCUGAUGGGGCACUGCUGGAGGAGGAGUGGUAAUGGUGGAGGCUGUGGAGGAGGAG